UGCUGGGAAGAUGGCGGCAGCAACAGCGGCGAGUGGCGUGCCGCCGCCGGCCGCACCGGUGUGCGUGCUGGUGCUGGGCAUGGCGGGCUCCGGGAAAACCACCUUCGUGCAGCGCCUCACGGCCCACCUGCACGGGCAGCGCUGUCCGCCGUACGUGAUCAACUUGGAUCCCGCCGUGCAUGACCUGCCCUUUCCUGCCAACAUCGAUAUCAGGGACACUGUGAAGUACAAAGAAGUCAUGAAACAAUAUGGGCUGGGCCCCAAUGGUGGAAUUGUGACCUCUCUCAAUCUCUUUGCUACAAGAUUUGAUCAGGUGAUGAAGUUUAUUGAAAAAAGGCAAAAUGCAUCCAAGUAUGUUAUUAUUGACACACCAGGGCAAAUUGAAGUAUUCACCUGGUCAGCAUCAGGAACCAUCAUAACAGAAGCCUUGGCUUCCUCUUUUCCUUCAGUUGUUGUUUAUGUGAUGGACACCUCUCGCAGUACUAACCCUAUCACCUUUAUGUCCAACAUGCUGUAUGCCUGCAGUAUCCUGUACAAGACAAAACUGCCUUUCAUUGUUGUCAUGAACAAAACUGACAUCAUAGACCACAGUUUUGCAGUGGAGUGGAUGCAGGACUUUGAGACAUUUCAGGAUGCCCUGAAUCAAGAGACAUCCUAUGUCAGUAACCUGACUCGUUCCAUGAGUUUAGUGCUAGAUGAAUUUUACAGUUCACUGAAGGUGGUUGGUGUUUCUGCAGUGCUUGGCACAGGACUGGAUGAUUUUUUUGUUCAGCUUGCUAAAGCAGUAGAUGAAUAUGAGAGGGAGUAUCGUCCAGAAUAUGAGCGCCUGAGGAAGACACUGGAGCAAGCUCAAAAUAAACAAAAGAGGGAGCAGCUGGAACACCUGUGGAAGGACAUGGGCAACGUGUGUGUGCAGGGCAACACCCUUGCAGGAUCUGAUGAUGCUUCUGCAAUGGGUCCCUCUGAGCUGAUCCUAACACGAGGAACUCUUGAUGAAGAAGAAGAAGAAGAGAGAGAGAGUGAUACUGAUGACAUUGACCAUGAAGUUACUGAGGAGAGUCAUGAAGAACCAGCCUUCAGAAACUUUAUGCAAGAGACACGGAUGAAGUACCAGAGAAGCAAACCAAAUGAAUGAGACCUUCAGAAAGAGAGAGGAUUUGGAAUCUCCAGUAAUGGAGUUAAAAGUAAAGGAACUUUCAAGGAACCAUGCAUGAAAUCUUCUACCUGAACAGCUUCCUCUCGUAUAUCUUUCUUCCUGCAGUAAUGGUUGGUCAUUGGAAUUGAAGGUCUUGCAUCCAACUCUCUGUGUUUGGCCAUCUGCCACUGAGACUUCCUGAAGUUGAAGGAGCUGGACAGCACUUUGUUUUGUUCUGUGUGCUUUAGGUGUGCCUGCUGGGAGCUCAGGUUUUGAGCUCUGUCAGCAUUAGCAUCUGGAGUACUUCCUGGUUUCCAAAGUGCAGUCUGUUCACCUUGUGCAGACAGGUGUCUGGUGCAGCCAGGACACAAGUGAAAUCUCAGCUGUGUGAAACUCCAUCAAUCCAGAGUUUGAUGGUUUGGGAUUAAUUAAAUGUAUUUUAUGUACUGACAAAUGUGUGGUGGCUAAUAGCAGGAGAUUUCAUGUCACCGUUCUGAAGUGAGACUUACUUUGUGUGCUUACAGCCCAUCCAUAUGGAUGCUCAGCAAAUACACCUUAAUUACAUGACACAGACACCAUACAGAUGUCUGCUAGAAAGAUUCUGACUAAACAAAUUUCUCAUGAGGGAAAGUUAAAAUAAUUUGAUUGAUUUGGCUGAGAACCAAAACGUGCUGGCUGCAUGUAUCUGUAGGUACUGUAAAAUACCAGUUUCUGUAGAUGGGUGUUCACAGGGAAUGUAGUCAGGAACUUGGAGAUGCAUUGAUACUUUCCUGGCAGGCACCAGAGCUGCAGGAAUUGAGCUCUGGGAAUCCUUGUUUUCUUUCCCUCUACACGAUGCUGUGGCCACACUGGAGAGAUUUUUUCAGUGGGAAUCUAUCAGCAGCCUCUGCUGGCACAAGUCCUGUAGGUUUGUGGAAAAAAACGUUUCUGUGAAUUUCAAAAGUGUAUCUGGCAGGGCAGGGAAACUUGACAAACAGCUGUUGGCUGCCAGCUGUGAUCUGCCCAUGGCUUUGUCAGUGGAGAGAACUGUACAGCAAUUUCAUCUCUAGAUAAACCAGUCUGCUCCUAGUAGGAAGUAUUAGCUGAAACAAAGAUUUUGUAGCAUAAUGGUGAGGGUAGAAUAAUACAUUUGUUGUUAAUCAUAGAGUGGUUUUGGUAGGAAGGGACCUUUAAAAGUUAUUAAGGGUUGCUCAGAGCCCCAUC